ACCAGAAGUCUUAUUCGUUAAUGGUUAACGCAUAGUUGUUUCAAGAUGCCAACGUAACUUAGGCAAUAAGAUACAGUUUAUAGCAGCAAGAUACAGUAUAGCAGCAUGGAGAAACGAUUUUUAGUUGGAUUGGUUUUAAUUUCAGUCGCAGCGUCGGUCACUCUUUCAUCAAUAGCAUUAUUUAUAGCGCUUACACAUGAGAGAGCAGCAGUCAUUACUAUUCCUGAAGAAACAGUUUCAAGGCGACUACAGAAAAGGGGAGCGCCGACAAUGGAGCCUGAAACUGGUCCUGAGUGCCGUCAUGAAUUUGGGGAUGACGUAACGCAAGCGGAGCGUGAUAUUGGUCACCUGAGUUGUUCUGUCCAAUCAGUGCGCCAGCAAGUGGAAGACUGGAUCGAUGAAAUAAGUUCCAUGUUGUAUUUUGUAAACGAGAUUGGAAUGAAUAUGCAAGCCGCACAAGACCAGAUACAGCAGAAUACGCUAAGUCUGAGCAACAUGUUAAAUCAACCAGGUUCAGCGUCUUCUGAGAGCCUUAGGUCCUUAGCCACUCUGAACCGAACAGUAGAACGCCUCGGUGAUAAAUUAAACAGAACCCUCAUCACAUAUGGUCGCCGCAUUGGAAAAGCAAGAAACAAAACAGAUAAAGUCGAAAACAAAGUCCACAGGCUAACUACAUCGGUUCAAGGCGCUUUAACGCGAAUUGAAGCUUUAGAACAAAAUCCCGGGACGGUACAACAAACUACAGCUGGAAAUGAAAGUGUGUCAUCUACUGCCUUGACCGCCUUGCAAGAAAAAAGCGAUAAAAAUAAGGUUUUAAUUGAAGUUAUACGAAAGUCGCUGCUACGAACUAGAAAUGAGUUAGCAGGAUUUUCGAAUGACGGUUGGUUCAACGCGCCAAAUGGUUAUCAAUACUAUUUAUCGAAGAACGCAUUCAGUCGCAACUCGUACGUUUUAUCCCGAAGAUAUUGCACGAACCGACAAAGCGACCUCGCUUUUAUUGGAAUGAGAGAUGAAUACACUUACAGAUACCUUUGGCGUAAUCUUGUCGGGCCUGCACGUCAUCAUUGUGUGUGGAUUGGACUUACCGAUCACGACGUCGAAGGCCGUUGGCAGUGGCUUGACGGUACUGCGGCCACGAAUUAUUGGUCCAACUGGAGGGUAGGGGAACCGGGCCUCGGUUCCAGGCUCGAUAACUGUGGUAUGAUAAGAGCAGGCGUUUGGGAAGACGGAAGAUGCGACGGGUACCGAAAACUAUGUUCGUUUAUUUGCGAGAGAAAGAUUUUCCAGUGAAGAGAAAAGAGAGAAAAGGGGGAGUCCGGUCUCGAAAAAAAGGGAUUUUAAGAGAUAUCUACCGUACAGUAUUUAUACCGUAUAGUAGGGUACAUUAUAUGCUGAAAAUUGUUAAUGCUUGUUAAAAAAAACUUUUUGCUGCUUGUUAAGAAAAAACAUUUUUAGUUGUUUCUUAAAAAAAACUUCUUUUGUUGCUUGUUAAAAAACUGUUUUUCGCUUGUAUAACAACAAAACUAUUUUCGUUGUUUGUUAAAAAAGAACCUUUUUCGUUGCUUAAUGAAUUUUUCUCAUGCUUCUUAAAAAAAGAACUGAUUUAGUUGUUUGUCAAAAAAGAAACUUUUCGUUGCUUGUUAAAAAAACUGUUUCUCGCUUGUUAAAAACCUUUUUUGGUAGUUUGUUACAAAAAAACUUCUGUUUUUGCUUGUGUUUUUAAUCCUUUACGCCGCUGUAUAAUAAAGCAAAUAAAACGGC